AUGGCAAUGUUGCCCGCUGAAUCGUCUUACCCGAUCAUAGACCACACCUACGAUGCCAUUGUCAUAGGUGCUGGUGGAGCGGGCCUCAGAGCUACCGUGGGGUUGUGUGAGGCAGGCUUCAAUGCAGCGUGCAUCACAAAGCUGUUUCCCACGCGUUCCCACACAGUGGCAGCGCAGGGCGGCAUUAAUGCCGCGCUGGGUAACAUGUCAGAGGACGACUGGAGAUGGCAUGCGUAUGACACCAUUAAGGGCUCUGACUGGCUCGGCGAUCAGGACGCAAUCCAGUACAUGUGCCGCGAGGCGCCCAAGGCAGUGACAGAGCUCGAGAACUAUGGGCUGCCCUUCUCGCGCACGCCGGAGGGCAAGAUAUACCAACGCGCGUUUGGAGGCCAGUCCCUGGACUUUGGCAAGGGCGGGCAGGCAUACAGGUGUGCAUGCGCGGCUGACCGUACCGGGCACGCCAUGCUGCACACGCUGUAUGGGCAGAGCAUGAAGCACGACUGCCAGUUCUUUGUGGAAUACUUUGCACUGGACCUGAUCAUGGACGACAGCGGCACGUGCCGGGGAGUGAUGGCGCUGUGCCUGGAGGAUGGCACGCUGCACCGCUUCCGCGCGGCGCACACCGUGCUAGCCACCGGCGGCUACGGCCGCGCGUACUUCUCUGCAACCUCAGCGCACACCUGCACCGGGGACGGCAAUGCCAUGGCCGCGCGCGCCGGCCUCCCACUGCAGGACCUGGAAUUUGUGCAGUUCCACCCGACAGGCAUUUACGGCGCGGGUUGCCUCAUCACGGAGGGGUCCCGCGGCGAGGGCGGCAUCCUCCGCAAUAGCGAGGGCGAGCGCUUCAUGGAACGGUACGCGCCGACGGCGAAGGACCUGGCGUCGAGGGACGUGGUGUCGCGGUCGAUGACGAUGGAGAUCCGCGAGGGGCGCGGGUGCGGCCCCGAGAAGGACCAUGUGUACCUGCACCUCAACCACCUGCCGCCUGAGCUGCUGGCCGAGCGCCUGCCCGGCAUCUCCGAGACUGCCGCCAUCUUUGCCGGCGUCGAUGUCACCAAGGAGCCCAUCCCGGUGAUCCCCACGGUGCACUACAACAUGGGCGGCAUCCCGACCAACCUUCGGGGGCAGGUCGUGCUACCCACAAAGGACAACCCGGACGCCAUCGUGCCGGGGCUAUACGCGGCUGGCGAGGCGGCCAGCGCGAGCGUGCACGGCGCCAAUCGGCUGGGCGCCAACUCGUUGCUGGACAUUGUCGUCUUCGGCCGCGCCUGCGCCAUCACCAUCUCCGAGGAGGGCAAGCCAGGAGAGUCGCAGCCGGAGCUGGCGGCGGACGCUGGGCAGGACACGAUCUCACGUCUGGACAAGCUGCGGCACUCACAGGGGCCCCUCAGCGUGGCCCAGAUCCGCAGCAACCUCCAGAAGACCAUGCAAGCAGAUGCCGCCGUCUUCAGGACCCAGGAGACGUUGGAGGAGGGGUGCAAGAAGGUGGACGACAUUGUUGAGUCGCUAAAUGACGUGGGCCUCAAGGACCGUUCCAUGGUGUGGAACACUGACCUGGUGGAGGCAAUGGAGCUGGAGAACCUGCUUAUCAACGGCGCGGUGACGAUCCACAGCGCGGAGCAGCGGAAGGAGUCCCGGGGGGCGCACGCGCGCGAAGACUUCACCACGCGCGACGACAAGCACUGGAUGAAGCACACCGUCGGCUACUUCGACUACAAGGCGCCCGGCAAGGACAAGGUCAGGAUUGACUACAGGCCGGUGCACGAUCAGCCGAUGGACUCAGAGAUGGAGCACGUUCCUCCCAAGGCCAGGACAUAUUGAGCACCGCAGCUUAGAACUUGCUUCUCCUGGUCGUGCAUGUGGUGGAAUGAUUGCAAUCGGAUUGAAAUCGAGGAAAAAAGGAGAAAGCUUUCUGCGCAUGUGCGCAUGCAAGGGCGUGCAUGUUUGGGUCAUUUCUUCAGUGUCUGCCCGGGUACCGCUGCAGAUUGGCAGUGCAUUUGUCUUUGGGACCCGAGUCUGUUGCUAGUCUUGCAUGUAGAGGUUUUGCGGUAUGCACUGCACAUUAGCAAUGAUGUGACAAUGAUUUGUAGACCUAGGUUGGUGGGAAUGAAAGUGUCCGACUAGAUAUUUACUGCGCACUUAAAGACAUUCUUGUAUCGACAAA